UGAUGGCCAUGUAACGUUGGGAGCGAGCGAGGAUCCGUCGAAGCGACAGCCACCAUGCAGGCCGACUGCGGGCGGCGCCGAGAGUUCUUUCCCAGCUGCCUAACAGCGAAGGUCGUGUCUCUGUUGCCCGUCUGAUGACAAUUGGAGAGAUAAGUGUCGGGUGGCUGCUUUGCUUCUUAUUCUCUUUGCUCGCGCGGCAAGCAAGUGCGUUUGUUGAAUUCUGUUUGCGCUGAGUCUGCGGCUUGCGAAGGCUGUGCGGAGCAAACGGCAGUGCUCAUCAUGGGGAGUUGAGCGCCGGACGCGUCACUUCGAUUGCUCUCUUCCGCGCGGAAUAAUGAUUGGAUUCCGUCGCUGCUGAGAAACCACGGCCAGUGACCCGUUUGGAAAUUAAUUGUUCAAAUAUAGGGGAGUUUCGAUUACUGUCCUCAAGAUGCUUAUCAAAAGUGAGCGAGCGAUACCACUGCGGGCGCAGCAGCUGCCCCGACCCAACAGUGUGAACCGAGACUGGCUAGCCAAUAUGUCCGAGUCGGACCAGCGGAAGGUCUCAAACCCCCUGCUAGGAGCCAACUGCAGAUCAGAGGCCGCCAUGAGUGACAACACCUUCGUCGCCUACUACCACGGAGGAGAGAUCGGCAAGCAGAAAAAUGGUAGCGUGAAAAUGAGGGGUGCACGCAGGGUGAUUGCCUUUUGCCUGCUGACCGCGGCGAUCCCGAUGACGCUGGUCAUCCUGCCACUCUAUCUACGCAACAGCGUCUUCGCUCAGAAGUUCUACUCGUACCACGAGUCGGACUUGGCCACUGUCGAGGAGGGAAUUUCCACUAUUUUCUGUCAGGGUCAAAUUAUUCGAGCUGAAAAAGGAAGAUUUUCUGCACACCAGUUGAUAGGGGAGCCAGGGAUAUCUGAAGAGCGAAGAACUAUGGUGCUGGAGCGCAAAAUGUCUAUCCCUGACGACAGGCUGGAGUACUGGGGCUUCCAUCUGCUGCCAAAAUCAUUUUUAACCAUCAAAGUUUGUGCAGGCUCCCCUGGCGCGCGGCUGUUGGUUGUUCGCGGAGAGAAGAAUCUCGAGCUGUGCGGCCUGCUGCAGCCGCCGGCGUCCGCGGAGGUCGCGAAGCCGCCCCUCGUGGACAACGGCGAGAUCACCUUCGAGGAACACCACGAGGAGGCGGCAGCCAGGGAUCAGGACGAGGAGGAAAACACCGCCGCGGAGGUGACAGACGAUCCUUUGGAAGAAAACUCGACGGCGCCAGAGCACAGGCACCGACACGAGCGGAGCAGGAUGAACAAAGUGAAGCGCGACUCGCCGCUCGAGCAGCCGACGACGAUGAGGACGAAAUUCAAACAUAUGUCCGAGGUGGCUCACUUUGAGGGAGCCAUCGAGCACGGCGGAAAUACCAACUGGAACGUCACCGAGCCUGAAGACGGCGGCUCGUCCGUCUCCAGCUUCGAGUCUGGUCUCUUGACGUGUUUCCAGGGUAAGACGCUGUUCCAAAGAGGCUUUGAAGCGAGUGGCAAGCUGUGCGAUGAAGACGUCUGGACGGGCUCGAUGGUCCUCAGCCAGACGGUGCGGACGCAGGGCCACUACUACUACGUCUUCUACUCAGACAACGACCUCGACAUCAACCACAUCAAGGCCCUGUUCCAAAUCAACGCCACAAAGCCGGACUUCUCGUUAGCUAGUCACAGCUGCUACAACUCGACCGAGUGCAAAUUCUCGAGGUCGUUUUUCGGCGGCGAUGGCACGGUUUUCCUGGAAGCGGAAUCAGAACUCGAAGUUGAGUCGACGUGCGAGCCGCGGAUCGCGGUGUACCUCAUGUUCCCUGUGUGUGCCAUGGUGUUUGUGCUCAUCUUUGGUCUCUUAUAGACCAUGUCCUGCUGACAAUGACAAUCUUUUGAUAACUUCUGGUCGAUUUUGCUGAACUGUAUGAUCCGCUAACAAUCAAACGACUUUAAAAAUAUUCCUCGCUCAUAGCUAAUAAUUUUGAGAACUUUAUACAAGGAGUUCAAAGACUGACAAACGAUUACCAAUCUUUUAUCAUAACUACAAUGGAGAUUUUUUUAAUAAAAGCAUGGAUUUGUCGGGUAGUUAAUGCACCGAGGGUAAUUGAUCUUACGGACACUAAGCAGAGAUGAUUAAAAACAUUGUUGCGUUUGGUUGGUCCCUGUAAAAGGGAUUAAAACCAAUUGUAUAUUUUUACAAUUUUUUAAUAAGUCAUUUAAGGUUUCAAUAUAUCAUGAGAUGAAUUUGUUGAUUUAGGCGAUUCCCGCGAUUGUGUUCUAAUGCUGACGUUGGCAAUUUAAAUAAAAUUACGAAUCUUAAAAAUAAAAUUGCUUCAAAUUUAA